AUGACGAUCUGUACUUAUAACGCACGUACGCUUGCAUCGGAAGCCGUGAUCGAAGAUCUGAUGAUGCAAACCAAGAAGACCAAGUACGUCGUCUUCGGACUGACCGAGACGAGACGACGUCACCUUCUCAACGGCGUAUAUGAAACUGGAGAAGAACUGUUCUUGGAAACAUGCGACAGUAGAGGUGUUAGUGGAGUUGGCGUCCUCUUCAAGACGAGUAUGGCAAAGAACAUCGAUUUUUUCGAACAACUUACGACCCGAAUCGAACGUCUGCGGAUGAGAAGAUGUGGUCCAACACCAACUAUCUUCGUCGCUUACGCUCCAACAUCGAGCUACGAAGAAGAAGAAGCCGAAGGUUUCUAUAUGGACCUAGAGAAGUUCUACCGAGAAGAUCAUGCCUUCUACAAGGUCAAGCCGGCUUUUGGGAAGGUUCCGCAACGGACAACAUCGACGAGGAAUAUGACCGGCUCGUUGAACACCUUCACGACUCCGCGAAAAAAAACUGAGAGGUUUAAAACCAAUAAGAGACGCUUGUCUCUUGAAACUCUUGAGCUGAUACCACAGAGUGGAGCAGCACGAGCCGCAGGGAACCAAGAACUCACGUCCGAGCUCGCAAGGCUUUGCAGAGAGGCGAUAAAGGAAGACCUAAAAGAGAGAAGAGCAGAAGUGCUGGCUGAAGCUGCAGAGGCGGGGAAAAGCAUCCGCUAUGCUCGUCAAGUCAUCGUUGUCGCAGGACAACGAUGA